UUUAAACUGCAGGCCUGUGUGCACCUGGUGGCCCGCUGUGAUCCACCUGAUCCACCUGUAUGUGUCCGACCCUCCUGGAAACGAGCGUGAAGCCGCUGCGCUGCAGCGAGUGGCUGGCUGCCCUCACGCGUCUCUGUUUCUGUUUGGAAGGGGCGUGUUCCUGCUAUUCAUAGUUGUGAGAACCUCAGAGGUCUAUUAGAGGUCAGCGUGAGUCCUUCUAAUAGCGACUGCUGCAGCGAAGGGCCUUUCAGAUAACGGAGAGUCCGAGCGCAGCCUCUUUCUUUCUUCACACACUCUGCGGCUGGUCAGUGCAGAACAGACAUGCAGGCUCAGGAAGUCCUGAGGCAGCUGCGGAUCCCCGAGCUGGAUGAUCUUCGGCAGUAUGUUCGCGGCUUGCCCACCAACGCCCUCAUGGGUAUGGGCGCCUUCGCCGCCAUAACCACCUACUGGUUCGCCUCCCGGCCAAAGGCCCUCAAAGCGCCGUGCGACCUCGGCCUGCAGUCGGUGGAAGUACCGGGCGGAGAGCGCGCGAGGAGGUCGGUGCUGAACGACGGCGACGAGCCAUUAGCGUACUACUACAGUGACGCACGCACCAUGUACGAGGUGUUCCAGCGAGGGCUCAGAGUAUCACAUGACGGGCCUUGUCUCGGAGCGAGGAAACCCAACCAGCCGUACGAGUGGCAGUCCUACAGAGAGGUGGCGGACAGAGCCGAGCACGUCGGUUCUGCUCUCCUGCACAGAGGCCACUCGCAUUCAGGAGACCAGUUCAUCGGCAUCUUUUCCCAGAACAGACCAGAGUGGACCAUUUCAGAGCUGGCCUGUUACACGUACUCCCUGGUGGCGGUCCCUUUGUACGACACGCUCGGCACCGAGGCCAUCGGCUACAUCAUCGACAAAGCUACCAUCUCCACGGUGAUCUGCGACGUACCCGAAAAGGCCGGUAUGAUCCUGGACUGCGUCGGCGGGAAAGGUCGAACGGUAAAGACGAUCGUGCUCAUGGAGGCGUUCGACGCUGACCUGGCGGCCCGUGCACAAGAGUGCGGCAUUGACGUUAUGAGUCUGAAGGAGUUCGAGGCCUUGGGCAAAGCCAACCACCAGAAACCAGUGCCCCCUAAACCAGAGGACCUCGCCAUUAUCUGCUUCACAUCUGGAACCACAGGAAACCCAAAAGGUGCAAUGCUAACUCACGGAAAUGUAAUCUCCAACACUGCAGCUUUCAUUAGAAUAACAGAGGGCCUACUGAAGCCCACCAAUAAAGAUGUGCUCAUCUCCUUCCUCCCUUUGGCCCACAUGUUUGAGAGGGUGGUGGAGGGCGUCAUCCUCAUCCACGGGGCUCGAAUCGGCUAUUUCCAAGGGGACAUUCGGCUUUUGAUGGAUGAUUUGAAAACGCUGCAGCCGACAGUCUUCCCCGUGGUCCCUCGUCUCCUCAACCGCAUGUUUGAUAAGGUGUUCAGUCAAGCCAACACGCCGCUGAAGAGAUGGCUGCUCGAUUUCGCCUUCAGGAGGAAGGAGGCUGAGCUUAAAAGCGGUGUGGUGAGGAAGGACAGCAUGUGGGACAAACUCAUCUUCAAAAAAGUACAGGCGAGUCUGGGCGGGCGCGUCAGACUCAUGAUUACAGGAGCGGCUCCGGUGUCUCCGACCAUCCUGACGUUCCUGCGAGCUGCACUGGGCUGUCAGUUUUACGAAGGCUACGGUCAGACUGAAUGUACCGCCGGCUGUUCCAUGUCGAUGCCUGGAGACUGGGCAGCAGGUCACGUCGGGCCUCCUCUGCCCUGCAACUCUGUCAAACUGGUGGACGUGGCGGAAAUGAACUACCUGGCAGCCAAUGGAGAGGGAGAGGUGUGUGUCAAAGGACCAAACGUAUUCCAGGGAUACCUGAAAGACCCGGAGAAAACCGCAGAGGCGAUCGACCAGGAUGGAUGGCUGCACACGGGAGACAUUGGGAAAUGGCUUCCUAACGGCACGCUGAAGAUCACCGACAGAAAGAAGCACAUCUUCAAGCUGGCACAGGGAGAAUACAUCGCCCCCGAGAAGAUAGAGACCAUCUACAACCUCAGCGAUCCAGUGGCCCAGAUAUUCGUUCACGGCGACAGCUUACAGGCGUGCCUCGUGGGGGUCGUGGUACCUGAUCCAGACUUUUUACCGAUCUGGAUCAAGAAAAAGGGGAUUGAAGGGUCCUACUCUGAACUGUGCAAUAACAAGGACGUGAAAAGUGCCAUUCUGGAGGACAUCCUGAGGCUGGGCAGAGACGCCGGACUCAAGUCUUUUGAGCAGGUGCGAGAUAUCACCUUACAUCCCGAGAUGUUUUCAGUCCAGAACGGCCUGCUGACCCCCACCCUGAAGGCCAAGAGGGCCGAGCUCCGCAGCCGCUUCAGGCAGCAAAUCGAUGAACUCUACGCCAACAUUAAGAUGUAAACUGGGACGGGGACGGGGACGGGGGGGCACUGCCGGGAAGGCGACAAUCAUUUAGCUAUCAGUUUAAUUAGCUCGGAAAAUCGCGGUUUCGCUCGUAUAAUUAAGGGAAACGUGACUCGAUUGAGCUUUAACUGCCAUUAAAUCUGACCUCGUCCUGUCAGAAAGGUCCGGCCCUCAAAAUAUUUCUAUUUUUUUUUUAUUCUUGGGAGCUGCAGAAAAAAGAAAUCUUAUGCUUUUACAACCGUGACAAAUACUGAAUAUUUAUGUGCCAGACUAUUUAAUGUUUUGGUUAUUUCUAUUUAAGGUGAUAUUGAAUGUAAUCGUUGAAGCUGUAAAUAGUAUCUGCUCAGUCUUUUUGUAUGCAGAGUAGAGCUGCUGAUUUCCUGCAUUCCCACAUCGCUCGGUGCUUUAGGAUGAAGAACUGAUGAACCUGCUUUAAUGCACAGCUGAGUCGGGAAUAUUGUUGCUUGACGGACUUUUUGUGCCUUUUUUGGUUGUUUUUGUUUUCCUGUAACGUGCAUGACGAACGUUACUCUGCUGUACAUGUAGCUCACACUUUUAGAUUUUCACAUUUUGUUGCAGGAUGAAGCUGCAAACUGUCAUUUGUAUAAUACACGAGCCUUCAGGGUGAAUAUCUGGAGGAGACAGUUUUUUCUACAUUAAUUCCACAUCCUGUUCAGCAUGAACUUUGACUGAUGGUCCAUGAAGGCAUCAGUCUGAAUUAUGAUCAUUGCACACAUCUACUUCUGUUGGGGCCUCCUUGACAGUUCAAGCCAUAUUGUACUUGUUUGUGCUGGAGUUUGAAGUGCAGUAGCUUUAAUAUCUACUGUACCAAAUAAACACUUUCUUCCAAAACUGA